AGUGUCUUACAGUAAAAGAAACGUCUGCGCCUUCAGAGGAUCAUCAGUGACCAUUUAUUGUUCUUUCCAAAGUCAAUACUCCAGUUCAUCAGGUUCCUGGAUCAGUGUUCGUGGUCAGCAGACGUUCGACCAGAACACUAGAAAAGAACGAUUUCAAGUCCAAACUGAUCAAUAUGGAUCAAGUCUGACAAUCAGAGAGCUGACAGACGGUGAUUCAGACGAGUAUCGGUUUGUAAUAUGGUGGUGGAAUAAAGAUUUUCCUGGAACAACUCUCACUGUUGUUGGUACAGAUGAACACAAACCUGUCUUUAUUCUACAUUUUAGUUACAGUUAUCAAAGUAGAUUUUUCUAUGAUCUGAUUCUUUGUUAUCAGAUCCUCAUGUGGAGGUGAUCCGGUCUUCUUCUGGACUGGGACUAGUUUGUAGCAGCAGAUGUUUUCCUCCGGCUCACUUUCCCUUCAUGUGGUUCAAGAACGGAGAGAAAGUUCAGGGAGAAACUUCUUAUUCUUACAGAAAUCCUGUUUCUCCUGAAGACACUUACUCCUGUUCUUAUGAGGGUCAGCGCUCACCUGAAGUCUAUGCUCCAAAGUCUGUUUCUGUAUCCAUGAAUCCUCCUGAGAUCCUGGAGGACAGUUCAGUGACUCUGACCUGCAGCUGUGAUGCUAACCCAGCAGCUAGCUACACCUGGUUCAAAAACAACCAAGGUUUACUCUCUGGAGGUCCACAUCUGAUCCUCGGGUCCGUCCAUCGCUCUGACUCUAGAAAAUAUCACUGUGUAGCUGAGAAUGAACUCGGGAAAACAGCAUCUGAAUACGUCUCCAUAAAUGUGGAAUAUCCUCCAAAAACCUCCAAUGUUUCAGUGAAUCCCUCUGCUGAGAUCCUGGAGGACAGUUCAGUGACUCUGACCUGCAGCAGUGAUGCUAACCCAGCAGCUAGCUACACCUGGUUCAAAGACAACAGAACUCUGAUCUCAGAACAAGAAGUUCAUUUCUCCUCCAUCAGGUCUGAAGACUCGGGGAAUUACAGCUGCAAGUCUGAGAACAAACAUGGACAAAGCAGCUCGGUUCCUCUGCUCCUGGAUGUUCAGUAUUCUCCCAGGAUUCCUUCAGUGUCAGUGAAUGUCUCUGGUAAAAUCCUGGAGGGCAGUUCAGUGACUCUGACCUGCAGCAGUGAUGCUAACCCAGCAGCUAACUACACCUGGUUCAAGAAGGAUGAAGACUCACCAAAAGCAUCUGGACCAAACUGGACCAUCAGUGACUUCAGAGCUGAACUCAGUGGAGUUUAUUACUGUGAAGCAGAGAACAGAAGAGGAAGAAUUCAGUCCAGUUUACAUCUGAUUGAAACAGAAGCAGGUUCACGGAAAUCAGCAGCAGCUGCAACGAUCACAUUUGCUGUUUUACUUUUCGUCUUCAUCCCUGUCUUCCUUUGGAUCAGAAAGAACAGAUGUGUCACAGAGCAGAAGGAGAGACCUGCCAACAGAACUCAGGUCAACAUGAGUCCAGACAUCAACGGUCCAUCAGCAGAAGCAGCAGAUGAGCAGCUGGAGCUUCAUUACAGCAGCAUCAACUUCUCCAACAUCAGGAGGAACCACAAACCCAGACAGAGUCCAGAGGACAACACGGUGGAAUAUUCUGCAGUUGUAUUCAAGAAAUCUGCUGAAGGGAAAAAAACAUCAGGAGCUGAAAGUUCAGAGGAUGUUGCUCUUUACAGCACCGUCAACAAAUGUCUUCAGAGCAAAACUGAACUCUCUUCCUGAUAAAAGAAAAUCAGAUUCAUCUUCACCUUCAGCCGUUAUUGUUGAGGUCGUCGGGAUAUAAAGAACAAUGUUGUCGACAUGUUUUCAUUUACAUUUAGAGUGAAUGACAUGCAGCAGUUUUAGUGAUAACAGCAGAUGGGAGUCCUCUAAAGUGGAUUCUGGACCGUCUCUGGAGACCGACUGCAGCGGGCUACGCUUUGGUUCAUUUAGCAGGAAACUGAAUAAAUGCAUCAUAGCAACCAAAUGAUGGUGUAACAGUUUUGUGUUAUAAAAAGAAUACGUGUCUUUUUAAAGAUUAUUUAACUGGUCAUUAAUUAAUUAAUUUAUCAACAUUUUUGGUACAAAUGUGUAAUUUUUCAAUUAAAAACACUCACAGUUAAUCUUGAACUUAUUAAGAUCGUCUGGCCACCCGCCUCCAAUUCAACUUUAGUUAUAAAGCCUAAUAUCACAAUACUGUUGUCUCAUUGGACAAAAUAAUUUGACUUUUUCCAUUACCACUGGAUGAAAGCUGCAGGACACCGCCGCACAGCUGCUCAGUUUUAACACAGACCGUGAGAUGUGUGAGGAGCUGCUGCCUCCAAAAUCUCAAGGAGCAGCAGUGGGUUUAGGAUCGAGUCGUUUGGGCUGUCGCCCGGUGCGGCAAUUUAAAAAAAAAAAAAAAAAAAAA